UGCCUGAGUUUUUACGACGCUUUUCUCGCUUUACGGUGGCGCGGCGGAAAAAGAAAACAGCGGUGGGUUGUCGCUGGUUAUUUCAUGACGACCGCACUCGACAACUUACGGCAGCGUGGCAACAGCGCCGCUUUCACCUCGCUGACGGCUCUCGCUUUACGGUCAUUUGGUAAAAACGCCGACCGGGGUGCUGGUUUUACGACGCCGGCUGUCGCUUGGCGGCAGUGUGACUCCCCUCCCUCCGGGAUUGACAGGUGUCGAGGGAGGCUGCUGACUAAGCCGGGUCCGUCGGAGGCGGCGGCUGCGAGCUCCUGGUUCAUGGGGAACGUGGCGAGCCACGGCAGCGAGGAGGAGGAGGGGGCUGAGGAGGAGAUGGAAGGGACGGCGGCAGCCGAGCAGCCCGGGGCUGCCUCUCCGCCUAGGCCGGGCCCGCUCCCUCCGCUACCCCCGGCCACGGUGCUGCUGGAGCAGGCCCGCCUGCGGGAGGCCACGGCCCGGCUGCGGGAGGCCGCCCCGCCCGAGUCGCUGGUGUCCCGGCACCACAGCACCCUGGUGCGCUGGCUGGAGGAGCGGCUGGGCCGCGGCGAGGAGGCCGUCAGCCUGGAGCAGUUCUGCGAGGUGCUGGAGAGCCGCGCCUCGGGGCCGGCGGCCGGGGCCCGCAGCGAGAGCGAGGAGGCCUUUGCACAGUUUGAUGCUGAGGGAGAUGGCACUGUGGAUGUGGAGAACAUGCUGGAGGCCCUCAAGAAUUCCAGUGGAGCCAAUCUUCAAGGGGAACUUAGUCACGUAAUCAGACAGUUGCAGGCUUGCUCUCUUGUUCCAGGUUUUAUUGACAUAUUUUCUGAAUCGAAAGAGCACCUUGGUCUUCAUGCGUCAAUGAUACUGAGAUUCUUGCAUCGAAACCGCAUUUCCAGUACUGUCAUCCCAUACCCAGUGUUGGAGUACUUCAAUAAUAUUUGUACUAUGCGGUCUUCAGUGCUGAAGGAUUCUUUAGAUAGGCUUCUACUAAAAGAAAAGGAAUGCUCUAGUGAUCUGAAUGGGAACCAAGAAAUGGACAAACUCAAAACUGUCACAAAGUGCUAUACUCACAUAGAAACCUCAUCCAACUCUGCUGACAUUGACAAGAUGACUAAUGGAGAAACCUCAUCCUUCUGGCAGUCAGAUGGGAGUGCUCGCUCACAUUGGAUACGUUUAAAGAUGAAACCAGAUGUUGUUCUGAGACAUCUGUCCAUUGCAGUGGCAGCUAAUGACCAGAGUUAUAUGCCGCAGCAGGUUACGGUGGCAGUUGGAAGGAAUGCCAGCAAUCUCCAGGAGGUCCGAGAUGUUCACAUUCCCAGCAAUAUCACUGGCUACGUGACAUUGUUGGAAAACGCUAACAUUAGUCAGAUGUAUGUACAGAUAAACAUCAAGCGUUGCCUUAGUGAUGGAUGUGAUACUAGAAUCCAUGGACUCAGGGCUGUUGGCUAUCAAAGAGUUAAGAAACUUGGCAUCUCAGUGUGUGAUGCUUCAGCUAUCUGGUAUUGGUCUUUGCUGACCUCGUUGGUAACAGCUUCCAUGGAGACCAAUCCAGCAUUUGUUCACACUAUCCUACAAAAUACUCAGAAGGCAUUGGAACACAUGCCACCACUGUCCCUGACGUCGGGUUCUACAGACUUCUCAAGCUUCUUAUCUCCCAAUGUUUUUGAGGAAGUAGAUAGUUUUCUCAUAAGAAUAACCAGUUGUUAUGCCACUCCAGAGGUUGAACUUACAUUGUUGGCUUUUGCCCUAGCCAGAGGGAGUGUUGCUAAAGUGAUAAGUUCACUUUGUACUAUCACUGAUCAUCUGGACACACGAUACAAGGCUUCUUCACUCAUCUCUUCCAUGGCAACUGUUAGACAAAACCUGCUUUAUAAAUAUGGAAAACCGCUACAGCUAACCCUUCAGGCAUGUGAUGUGAAAGGAAAGGAAGAUAAAUCAGGGCCUGAAAAUCUCCUUGUUGAGCCAUGGACAGGGGAUGGUUUUCUUACUGAGACUGGAAAGACCAGAGCAAGUAUCAUUCUUUCUUCGGGAACUGAAUCUUCAUUCCAGGUGACACAAAUUAGAAUAAAGGUUCGGAAAGGUGCUAUUGGGGCCCAGUGUGGGUUGGUGUUUGCUUAUAACAGCUCUUCUGAAAAAUUUCAUGCAGAGGAACAUUUUAAAAAAUUUGAAAGUUAUGACAAGUGGAAGCUACAAGAAUUCAGGCAAUUUUUAAAAAACAGAAGUGAUUGUUCAUAUGAUGAACUGGGAGAGGAUGAUCCUGUUGGCUGGUUUGAGGUGGAAGAAGAAUGGGAUGAAGUGGAGGUCAAAAUGCAGCAGUGCAGAAUUUCCCAAUAUUUAAUGGUGAAGUUCUUGUGCACAAGGCAAGACACAGCAGAGCGCCUAGGAGUUCAAGGCCUGAAUGUUCUGGGAUAUCUUCGGCCUGUGGUAGGGGAGCCCAACAGAAGCACGAACUGUCUGAAAUGCAAAGCAACAGAUGACAGCAUUUGUGGAACAACCCUUCUCCUGAAGACACUUCAUUUCAUCCAACAACUUGCACAGGACUUGGUUCAACAGAAAGAAAGUGGAUUAAAGUACAGAUCAUUCUUGGACUUCACAGGCCUUGACUUGCAACUUUUCUGGAAUUUUUACAAUAAACUACACCAAAACCCAAGGGAAGAAUGUCUCUUUGCCCAGACUGUGCUGCUACAGCUUCUUCAAAGCUGCUUCUCUGUGCUUACUGGAAACAAUAAAACUAUUAAAUCUCAGGAAGCUUCUCAAAGCAAAAUUUCUGGCCAAACAGAAGCUGCAGUAGAGCUCUACAGGCAUUUGUGUGAAGUAGUGGACGUGAGUGAUAGCAACUUCACACCCAUGACUAUGCUAAAGCAGGAAGUUAAGAACACAUUGCUCAAUGGAGCAGCUAUCUUCUUCCCAGAUAGACAGACCAGACGGGACCAGCUCUUCACCAUGAUGAAAAACAUCACAGAACAGGAACAUAAGCUAUCUGUGCAGCUCACCUUCAGAUCCCUGUGUAUGUACUUCAGUGAUCAGGAUCCAGGUGGACUUUUAUUGUUACCAGAUAAGGAAGUUUCUGAGGACUUUGACAUCAGCCAAGUGCUGUCAGUCAUGGAUACCCUUCUGCUGGUGGCAGCGAGAGAGUGUGAAAUGAAGAUGCUGGAUGUUGCCCAGCAGGAGAGUGGCACAGUGUUGGCAUCCUUAUUCUGGUCUGUACAGGGAAGCCUCCUUUCAUGGUGCUACCUACAACUUAAGGGCAAUGAUGAUACAGCCAAGAGUCUUGCCAUGGAAAUUCUUAAAAAAUAUGUGGGCCAGUUCCUAACAAAUAUCAGAACAAUUUUAGAAUCGCUUUUGUCCCAAUACAGCGGCAAACAUAUAGUAGAAAAAUUAAGUAACUCUGUUUUUGCCAUGGCAACCCGUCAGCUGGUGACUUUCUUGUUGGAUUUCUGCACUUUAGACAUUCCACACUGUACCCUACUUCAGGGUUUCAGUACCCUGACCCAGCUGCUGAGGAAUCUUUGUAGUGAACCUGGAGAAAGUCUUAAUAAGGUGGACAUGGAAAGCUGGCAGCAAGAACAACCCGUGGUGCUGCGAACAUGGACAAUGGAAUCUCCUCAUAACUAUGAAAAUAAUUGCCAUGAGGUCUCAGUCUUCCUUUGUCCUGGGGCAACUUACUUUGAGGUGGAAUUUGAUGAAAAAUGUGAAACAGAAAGGAGAUAUGAUUAUCUGGAGUUUACUGAUGCCAGAGGUGCAAAAACUCGUUAUGAUACAAAGGUUGGCACCGAGAAGUGGCCCAAGAAGGUGACCUUUAAGGCUGGCCCACGGCUGCAGUUUCUCUUUCACUCUGACAGCAGUAAUAAUGAGUGGGGCUACAAGUUCUCCAUCACUGCUUAUGGCCUCCCAGAUGUUGCAGUUUCUUGGGGCUUGGAUUUACAGCUGCUUGUAUCCAGGUUGAUGGGGCGCUUGGCUUCACGGAGUAUGGCACUGAAAUCCCAACUGGAGCUAGGUUGUGAAGCAGAGCUGCCUCCUUCAAAAGUGACAUCAGUUCUUAAUUCUCCUUUAUGGAAACCUGUCUUCAGGCAUCAGAUGUGUCCUGAGGCGACUUUGGAAGCAAAUGAACCCAGUCAAGUGCACCAAAAUAAAGAGACUAAGAACUCUCAUGUGGAUGACUGCCAUAACUUUCUUCUCGACUUUGCAAAAUCAGAUCCUUCCCAGGAUUUCUGUGGGCAAAAUUCUGAGCUUUUCAAAGGACUUAUACAGGCAUGUAAAAAACAGGCCCCAAAGACAGAUAUAGUUGCUGGUUCCACUGUUGAUCAAGCUGUGAACGCCACAUUUGCUGCUUUGGUGUAUCUCACUCCAGAUUUAUAUGGGAAACUACAAAAAUAUGUCAUCAGUGGAGGCAAGAUGCCUCUGAAUGAGGAGUUUGCACAAGUAUAUUCUCUGGCUGAUGGGAUUAGAAUAUGGAUGUUAGAAAUGAAGCAGAAGUUCCUGGUGGGUAAAGGAAAUGAUACAGUAGAGAAACAGAAUAUAGAAACAAGUGAAGUGAACCCAGAAAUCCUUGCAAAACAGUGUAUUCAGAAGAGCUUAUUGUUGUUAAAAUUUUUGCCUGUGAGAGCAAAGGCAAAAGAUCUUGCUUCUGAUAACUGGGAUGCUUCAAAAGUAGAGGAUGUCCAACAGUACCACGCUGAUAAACGUCAAAGGACUAGUUCUGUCGUAGAAGCAGAUUUUCAAGCAGCAAACUCAUUGUCUUCAAAUGGAGUAAUUCACCCUGCUUCUGCAGAAAGGGGUCGAGUGGUAGACUCUGACACAAAGAUUAAGCAAGCACCAGACCCACCCCAGACAGAAGUAGCCUCUGAAUCUCCAAGUAAGCCUCUUGAAAAUACAGUUUCACAGCAAGAGGACACAGCAUCUCCUCCCUCCACUCCAACUCGCAAAUCUCAGUUCAGCCGUGGAAGACUAAGGCUGCUAUCUUUUAGAUCAAUGGAAGAGCCUAAAUCAGUGCCUACUGUGAAGGAGAAAUAUCCUGUACUGAAAAAUAUAUUAGACUUUAUUAAGGAUCAAUCACUUUCCCAUGAAAGUAUUUUAAAGGUCCUUGCUUUGAGGAAAGCCCAAGCCCAAAGUAUCCUAGAAGUGCUGAAGACAAUCCUCCAUUGUUUAGAAUCUCUUGGGCAGCCGCACUGUUUCCAUCCACCUUGUGUACUCUUUCUCUUGGAACUUCUGGCCUGCCAGAAAGACUUUACAAAUUAUUUUGGACACUUGGAAGGUUGUGGUGCUGAACUGCACAAAGAAAUUAGAGAGUCCUACUAUCAGCUUGUUCUGUUUUUGGUCAAUGCCAUGAAGGGAUUUAACAGCAUUAAUGACAGAUCAUUGCUCCCUGCCUUAUCCUGCGUCCAGACAUCCCUCCUUCACCUCUUGGAUAUGAGCUGGGAACCAAGUGAUCUUUCCUUUUUUGUUGAUAUACAAUUACCACUUCUUCUUAUGACUAUGUCACAAGAAAACAUAAGUAUUCAUGACAGCGUAAUUUGUCAGUGGAGUGAAGAAGAUGAGAUUGCAGACUACAAGCAAAACUCUGAGUGGAUGGAUGAAUGUCAGGAUGUAGUGUUUGAGACCUGGUAUGAAAAGAUAGCCCAAGCUGACCCAGAGAAACAGAGAAAGAUGCACAUGUUUGUUGCUCGUUACUGUGACCUAUUGAAUGUGGACAUAUCAUGUGAUGGUUGUGAUGAGAUUGCACCCUGGCAUCGCUACCGCUGUUUGCAGUGCAAUGACAUGGAUCUAUGUAAAACUUGUUUCCUAGGUGGCGUUAAACCUAAAGGUCAUGAGGAUGACCAUGAAAUGGUUAACAUGGAAUAUGCCUGUGAUCAUUGCCAAGGGGUUAUUAUAGGUCGACGGAUGAACUGCAAUGUGUGUGAUGACUUUGAUCUUUGCUAUGGGUGUUAUUCUGCAAAGAAAUACUCUGACAGUCACCUUCCCACUCACAGCAUCACAAUAUAUCCGAUGGUGACCAUUCGAAUCAGUGACCGACAGAGACUCAUCCAGCCUUAUAUCCACAACUAUUCUUGGCUGCUGUUUGCUGCCUUGACACUCUACUGUGCAGACUUGGCAAGUGGGGAUGAAGUAGGAGAGAAACUUGAUUCGCAGAUUCUCAGUCAUGCUAGAGUUCUGCAACAUCAAUGUAUACAGCUCAUUGGAGACUGCCUGAUGAAAGCACAGCAUGGAAAAGGUUUGAAAGCUUUAGCUCUCCUCUGCAUGCUGCCAGACGGUGAAUCUUUCUCAGAAAAUGAGACCUCUCCUGUCAGCCCUCCAACAGAUGGCGCUAUAGAGGGCCAUGCUGGUGUUAAAGCAGCGCAGGGAAUGAAUAAAAAGCCAAGGACAGGCUCUUUUGUACAUAGCAAUGAGAAAGGAGAUGUUUCUGAUGAAAUUCAGUCUUCUGUAGAAAAAAAAGAAAGCCAUAGCAAUCCUUCUAAUGCUCCUUUAUCAGAGGAAGAUGUUUUGAGACAGGAUUCAGAGACACUGGCUCUUAAUUCUAUAGACAAUAACAUAUCUUCAGGUCUUCCAGAUGCUGAAAAUUCAGAAGAUUCAUCCCAAAAGCAGGCAGAGAAGGCUCUAAUGCCUAGCCAGGAGCAAGUCUUUGCUGAAUGCUCUCAGAAGAGGAUUCUUGGCUUGCUGGCAGCUAUGUUACCACCUUUCAAAUCUGGAUGCACAAUGUCUUUGAUUAACCUGGAACAGAUCCUCCCACUGAUGUUUCAGGUUGUAAUCUCCAAUGCUGGCCACUUAAAUGAAACCUAUCAUUUAACCCUGGGUCUUCUGGGCCAGUUAAUUCUGAGACUUAUGCCUGCAGAAGUCGAUGCUGCAGUGACAAAGGUCCUUUCAGCCAAACACAGCCUGUUUGCAGCAGGAGAUGGAUCUACAGUGCCAGAAGGCUGGAAGACUACUCAUCUUCUGUUCAGUCUGGGAGCCGUAUGCUUAGACAGCCGUGUAGGUCUGGACUGGGCAUGCUCCAUGGCAGAAAUUCUUCGAGCUUUGAACUUCUCUGCACAGUGGCAUCGUGUGAUUGCAGCUUUCACAGACCAUUGUAUUAAGCAGCUGCCCUUCCACCUAAAACACACCAAUAUCUUCACCUUAUUGGUACUUGUUGGAUUUCCAGAGGUGCUGUGUAUGGGAACUCGCUCUGUGUACGUGGAUAAUGCCAAUGAGCCUCAUAAUGUAAUUAUCCUAAAGCACUUCACUGAGAAGAACAGAGCGGUUGUUGUAGACAUCAAAACCCGGAAAAGGAAAACAGUAAAAGACUACCAGUUGACUCAGAAAUGUGAACAAGAAAGCACUGAAUCCCAAACUCAGCUGAGACAGUAUCGCCAGCAUUUUGCUUUUAUAACCAGCCACCUUUUGCAGACCAGCAUGGACAGUAGCUAUGCAGAGGCCGUGGAAGCCACCUGGGUCUUGUCUCUCGCUCUUAAAGGAUUGUACAGAACACUUAAGACUCAUGGUUUUGAGGAGAUCCAAGCAGCCUUUCUUCAGUCUGGCUUACUUAAGCUGCUGGUGAAGAAGUGCAGCAAAGGAACUGGUUUCAGUAAGACAUGGCUUCUCAGAGACUUGGAGAUUUUGUCAAUAAUGCUGUACUCCUCAAAGAAGGAGAUCAGCUCCCUGGCUGAACGUGAGGAUAAAGACCUAGAGGAAAGGGACCGAGAUCAGGACGUGGACCAAUCCAUCGGUUCCAUUGAUCUGGAUCAGAGCAAACUUGAUCCUCUAGAGGGCUUGGAUGAAGCAACCAAAAUAUGUUUCUUGAUGACGCAUGACGCACUUAAUGCACCUUUACAUAUUCUUCGUGCCAUGUAUGAGCUGCAGAUGAAAAGAACAGAUUCUUUCUUCCUGGAAGUUCAAAAGAGGUUUGAUGGAGAUGUAAUUACAACAGAUGAAAGGAUCCGAACACUGGCCCAGAAAUGGCAACCCAGCAAGCGUUUGAGAUUGGAAGAGCAGAGUUCGAAAGCAGUGGAUACAGACAUGAUCAUCUUACCAUGUUUGGCUUGUGCUUGUCUCUUGCAGUCAAAACCUGUACUUUGUGAUAAAGCCACUGAAGAAUCCAAUCCCAUUACCCAGAAACUGAUAACCAACACGGAGAGUGUUCUCCAGCUUAGCUAUGCCAAACAGCGUCGCACCAAGAGUUCCAUACUCUUGCACAAAGAGCUGGAUUCCAGGAGCAAAAAAGCUGUGCGGGAUUACCUGUAUCGGGUGAACGAGGCUACUGCUGUUCUGUAUGCCAGGCAUGUACUUGCCUCGUUGUUGGCUGAAUGGCCUGAUGAUGUGGCAGUAAAUGAAGACAUCCUGGAGCUCAGUGGGCCAGCGCACAUGACUUACAUUUUGGACAUGCUUAUGCAGCUAGAGGAGAAGCAGGUAUGGGAGAAGAUCUUGCAGAAAGUGCUGCAUGGAUGCAGUGAGAGCAUGUUGGGAACAAUGGCACUGACUGCCUGUCAGUUUAUGGAGGAACCUGGAAUGGCAAUCCAAGUGCGGGAAUCAAAACAUCCUUAUAACAACAAUACUAACUUUGAGGAUAAAGUUCACAUCCCUGGUGCUAUCUAUCUCUCAAUCAAAUUUGACUCUCAGUGUAAUACAGAAGAAGGUUGUGAUGAAUUAAUCAUGUCCAGCAGCAGUGAUUUUCAACAGGAUCGGCACAGUUUCAGUGGGUCUCUGCAGAAGUGGACUGAUUUUGAGCUUCCAGGAGAUACAUUGUAUUAUCGAUUUACCUCUGACAUGAGUAAUACUGAAUGGGGUUACAAGUUUACAGUGACAGCAGGUCACCUUGGAAGGUUCCAAACAGGAUUUGAGAUUCUGAAACAAAUGCUAUCGGAGGAAAGGGUGGUUCCACAUCUCCCACUAGCCAAAAUCUGGGAAUGGCAGGUAGGAGUAGCAUGCCGCCAGAUUGGGCACCAGCGUUUAAAGGCCAUACACUUACUCCUGAAGAUAGUGCAAUGCAGCAACCGCAGGGACUGUGACCUCACCUUGUUAAAGCCACUCUGGCAGCUUUUCACCCAUAUGGAAAAUAACCUGUGCCAUGACAUGACCAAGCCUGGUAUUCUUCUUCUUCCUCUUCAUCGUGCACUUACGGAACUCUUCUUCGUUACAGAGAGCAGAAUGAAUGAGCUUGGAUCUCUACAGGACUACUUGCUUGCCUUAAAUACUGAAGAGCAUCUUCAUCGUUGCACAGCACAGGCCCUGAAAAACAUUGCUGCUAUCAGCCUUGCCAUUAACUAUCCAAACAAAUCAACAAGUCUCUGGAAUGUUUAAUACUGGCUCAUGGCCGGAGUGCAUGUCAUAGAAUAGUUUGUCCAUAGAAACCUUGGAACAAACAUCAUCACUCUAUUCAGGAAAAGUUCCUUCAGCUUCAGCAUAUGGGUACUCUGCAGCCUUCCUUCCUUCCACUUGGAUGUAGAAUUUGUAAAAAUAAAAGCGCACUUCAUAGAAAAAGCACAUUUUGAAGUAACUCACGCAUCACCUACAGUUACAUACGCACAUAUUGUAGCAUGUUAAAGUAAACAGAAAAGUAUUUUUUUAUUCAGAGUGUGAAUGGGAGAAGAUUUCUGAAGUAUGAGAAUGGAGAAGGCUAUCUGUUCCAAGUAAAACCGAGUGACUAUAACUGGAAGGGAUAGCUUGAAAAGUUUUGGUGAACUUAUGCUAGUGCACCGGCAGCAUCCAUUUUUCACUGGAAGUAAAAUUGGUGAAGAGGAAUCUUGGUGGACUGUGUAAGAGUAAAAAUGGCCCACUCUUGAAACCUGCCAUGUUUCACUUUUGCUUUGAAAGGCACUACCCAUGGAGAAAAUCCUGCAGCAACUAACUCAUUGCUGAACUUUAGGUUUUAAAACAAAUAUAGAGAGAUUCAAAGGGCAGUUAAGAUUCCAAUGGCAGAGCACCCUUCUGAGAGGUGAAAGCCUCUAUUCUUUUGGUUUGAUCAACUGAUCUUACUCUACAUUGUCUUAAAUAUGUACAAUGCAUUGUUCUGGUUUAGUUCAGAAAUCACAAUGGCUCCCUUGGAGUAGCUUUCGAAGAGAUGGUAUGAGAAGCAGAGAAGCACUGGCUGUGAUGCAUAACUUAUAUGUUUCUCAAAGAUGGCAUCUUUUCAAGAAAUUAUUCAUGGCAUAUUCUUUGCUACUGGUGGCCCAGGAGCUCCUUCUGGUGAACAUUGGGAAACCCUGAUUCCCAGCAUCAAGGGAUGAUGGAAGGGGGGUUAGUGAUUAACCCAAUUUAUCUCAUAUAGCAAUAACUGCAUUACUCCUGCUGAAUGUGGAAUAAAUAGCAGACCUCUGUGUUGAAAUAAAUUGGCUUUAAUCUUGCCCAAAUUUGCUGGUUAUUCCAUUUCCAAAGAAGACUGCAAAGAGCUUAAAGGGUUGUGGGGCUACAUUUUGUGUGUGCUAAUUGCCUGUUUGGUUUUGUUGAAUGUAAAAUCUGCAAAACUUUUAUUGUGCUUAGAUUCUUUUUUUCCCAGAAUGAAAUGAUGAAGAAAGCAUAACCAGAUGCAUCUGAAGUAGAGACUGGAAAGCUGAUCAAAAUGGCAUCAGGACAAUGACUGUGUUUGAACUGAGUGUUGUGUGCACUGGCUUUAUUUGUCCAAAAAGGCCAGCAGCUAGCACUGUCCUAUGUAUAGGAGCCCUGCAUUUAGGAAUAGUCUAUGGAAUGGUGCUCUUCCAGCCACCUGGGACUUGGGAGUAUCUUAAAGGCGGUGCUAUUUCCCUCUGGGAGGGAAAUGUGCAAUGGGCUUUAGUGCCCCCAUGUUUUGGAUGGUCGUUGGUGCUGCAGCCUUGGAAGUAGCCGGUUGGCUCCUAUUCCAUUAGGAGAAUGCAAGGCCAGUGCUAUUGUGGGAGAGAAGUUUAAAUUGGAAAGAAUACUCUGAAUGAAGGGGUUAAAAACUGAAGACCCUCAUUGGCCCCAGAAGUUGCAAUCACUGUCUUCCGGAGAUGGGAUGACUCUCGUAGUAAAAGCAAAUCCCAGAGUGUAGGAAGAACUUGUCCUCUGCCCAAGUUUGGAAAAAGGCAGAGAAAUGCAUACUCGUCUGAAAACUUUCUUGCAGUGUAACAUAAUGAAAGUUCAGAGUGUGAACAGGAGAAGAUUUCCUUUUCCUUUCCAGGGUGAGAUACUGUUGAGUACUAAACAUGAGAUUUACUUGUAUCAUAACUUUUAACUCAUAGGUAAAGGAAUUUGCAAUCUUAUUCUUUGGUUCCCUUUUAGUGAUGUCUUUAAGUUUUGUAAUCUGGCUGCAGGAGAGGCCAGGAGCUUCCCUGAUAAAACCAAAUGCAUGUCUCCUAACAGUGUGAACUCCUACUGGAGUAUCUGGGGUGGGGGCGGGGUUAUUACACCAAAACUAUGAUCAUCUUCUGAAGUCCACUUUAAUGAACAGUGUGUAUUUUAUCAAAGGGUCAGAUGAGCAUUUUAAAACUGCUGCUCUGGGACCGUGUGGAUUUCCUACACAUUGUCUUGGAAUAAGUCCCUGGCUAAUUGGUAAAUCCCUGGUGAUAGGUUGAUUGUGUCGUAUGUAAGGCAUGCGAUGCGCUGUUGAGAUCUGCCUAAGCUUAUUUACGAAAGUUUUUUUCCUCUUUUUACAUCAGGUUUACAGACUAUACAGAGAUCCUUCACUGAUCCUGUUAUGGCGUUUCCUCAUUCUUAUUCUUUUUCUGUUGCACUGUAUUUUUACUUUCUAUAUAACAGUAUGCACAAAGGUUGUAGGAAUGACACAGGAACGGCCAAAGUUUCUAUCUUAGGCAUACCACUUACUACCAUACCACUUGCCAGUCAGCCAUCUUGCUCUCAAAGGGCUACAAGUGGCAUUAGCUGCUACAUAUUCUUUCCACCCACUAGAUGGAAGUGAAGGACUGUCCCCUGGCUUGACACUGAGUCUUUCACUGCCUUAAAACUUGCUCCUUCAUUGUGGGUUUUUAGGGGGCAAGAAAUAUUGAUUUUUUUUCUAUCAUGUAAAAAGGGGAGGAGGCGUAACCAAACGAAUUGAAUAUUUGUGACCAAUAGCUUUUUGAAAUCCUGCAGCAGUUCCAAGUGGAUGCGGAUGAUUUUAUGGAGUAGUACAAAGCUGGCUUGGAAAACAGGUAUGCUGAAGAAAAAAAAUGUGCCUAAUUAAAAACUGAUUGUGUCCUGAAUCACAUAUGAUGUAUUUAAAACAAAUCACAUUGUUCCUAAUGAUACAUGUGACUUGUUUUCAUUAAACACUUUAAAAGGUUUUUAAUUUUUUUUUCUUACGGGUUUACUACUUUGCAAUUUUUAUCGGUUUUGGUUGUUUGAAAUAGAUCAGACCUUUUAGAUUUAUUCCAGUUCAGCUCAACAUGUAACAAGAAAGUUAUAGAUGUGGAUAAAAUAUGCAAAUGAAGAGAAAUAUAUUGUAAAAAUUCUAUAAAAAGUACAACACUG